UAGUGCAAGAAGGCAGGAACUAGACAGAAAAGCAACAGGAACUGGAAUGAAAAGAUCAGUGGCUGAUGAUGGCUGCUAAAACAAACAACUCUAGGGUCUAAUAGGGUAGAUGGUUUUCUACAGUGUAUUGUUUUUUUCUUAUAUCUUUGUCUUAGUCUGAAACGUUUUAAUUGACUGGAUAUGGAUAUAGUAGACUAGAGAAAGAGAAGGAGACGGGCCUGAGCUGUAACUGUGUGGGUGAGUUAGAUGACGCUGUUAUGAUGUCUACUCUGCUCUUUCAUUUUUUUUGUGGUGGACCUCUGUCUUGAGUGUUCUCUCAAGUUUAGCAUGGGAAAGUGCAUCUAGUGAAUGACACAGCAUCGGUCUUGGAACAUUUUAAAUGGUUAAGUAAUUGAAGCUAGGACGUUUUUUUUGUGUGUUUUUUUACAACAUUCCUUGUGCUUUAUGCAAUACGGUAUGUUGUGUGCAUGUAUUUAUGUAGAACUGGUUUAUACAUUUACAUUUGUCAAUAUUGUGCUCUUCUAGACUAAUGAUAUGGCCCUUUGCUUUGGCUUAGUCUGAAGCAGUUUAUCUGAUGAAAGAAGUGAGUCAGCUGACUAAAACUUAUAUUCAAUAACGUUGUAGGAAGAGACUGUCACAUUUGCCAAAACAAUUUGUUAACUGAUUUUAACAUAAACACAUUUUUAUAGAGAGUUGGGAAGACAGUUGAGACAGCUUGACAAUUUUCAUUGAGAUUUUCCUCUGUUACUUUCCAAAUCUCAGUUCAGUCUCCUAAGAGCUUGUUUGUUAUUUUAAAUUGGGUCCCAGGCAUGGGGAGUAAUGUGGUGAUGUGCUGUAGUUCAUUCAUUCAUGAAUUGAGACGGCCUCUAGGGAGCACUGUGAGAGUCUGUGAGGCACCAUGCCAGCGAGCCAGUGACUCAGUUUAGGCUGAGCUCUUUUGGUGGUGAACUCUAUGUGGUUCUAGUCCGGGAUCUGACCUCGGCUCAAGAGCUAGCACCAGUCUCUGAGGAGCUCAACUUGAGAUACUGAAGCCUCCUGGGUUGUUGUGACAGCAGCAGGAGAAGUACAUUGAAAUCAGCUCAUGCAACAGGCUCAAACAGGACGGUAAAUCCACACAAUAGUCAACUCUGAAAGCCUGCUGUCAUAGACAUUGUUCCUCUUUAAAGUGUGCAAUGAGGGCAGUGUGUUUGAUGCUGACUGCCUUAUUGAUGUUGGAAUAUGUGUGCCGGAGUGACACCAUGUCCACCUGUAAGUCUCUGGACUUGGAGCUGGUGAAGAGGAAACGUAUUGAGGCCAUCCGUGGACAGAUACUGAGCAAGCUGCGGCUGCCCAAGGAGCCAGAGAUUGACCAGGAGGGAGACACUGAGGAGGUCCCAGCUUCCCUGAUGUCCAUCUACAACAGCACAGUGGAGCUGAGUGAGGAGCAGGUGCACACGUACAUACCGCCUAAUCCGGAUGCAGAGGAGGAGGCAUACUUUGCAAAGGAGGUCCACAAGUUCAACAUGAAACAAAGUGAGAACACCAGUAAGCACCAGAUGCUCUUCAACAUGUCUGAGAUGCGGUCAGUACUGGGGACUGAUCGACUGCUCUCUCAAGCUGAGCUCCGUCUCCUCAUCAAGAACCGUGGCAUGAACGAUGGCAUUGAGCAGAGACUGGAACUCUACAGAGGAGUUGGAGAUAAGGCACGUUACCUGAAGUCCCAUUUUGUCUCCAAGGAAUGGGCCAAUCGCUGGGUGUCCUUUGAUGUUACACAGACUCUGAAUGAGUGGCUGCAAGGGGCUGGAGAGGAGCAGGGAUUCCAAUUGAAGUUGCCUUGUGAUUGUGGGAAAACAAUGGAGGAAUUCCUCUUCGAAAUAUCAGGGAUGAACAAGCUGAGGGGAGAUACAGAAACACUAGCCAUGAAAAUGCCAUCAAAGCCUCACAUUUUACUGAUGUCACUUCCUGUGGAACGCCACAGCCAGCUUAGCUCUCGGAAGAAACGACAAACCACUACUGAAGAGAUCUGCUCAGAUAAAUCGGAGAGUUGCUGUGUGCGAAGACUUUACAUUGACUUCCGUAAGGACCUGGGCUGGAAGUGGAUCCAUGAACCCACGGGCUACUUUGCUAACUACUGCAUCGGCCCCUGCACCUAUAUAUGGAACACAGAAAACAAGUAUUCCCAGGUACUGGCUCUGUAUAAGCACCACAACCCCGGAGCCUCUGCCCAACCCUGCUGUGUUCCACAGGUCUUGGAGCCCCUACCCAUUAUCUAUUAUGUGGGGAGACAACACAAGGUGGAGCAGUUGUCCAAUAUGAUUGUUAAGUCCUGCAAGUGUAGCUAGAAUUACUGCACAUGUCUCUACAUUUUCUUGUCCAUUGUAUUUCCUUGUACUCAUGGAGAUACAAAGUGGGGACUGAUCCUUUUUGAUGCCGCUGGUUUAGUGUAAAAUGCUUGUCCCUUGGAAAUCAGGACGUAGUCAAGACAUUCAUUUACGAAGGGUACUAUUCUAAUUGUUUUGGGGUGGUGUCUCUAGUCUGCAUUUUUCAUUUAGCUUUUCCCAGCAGUUGUUUAUGUUUAGUGAUUUGUUAAUGUUUUCUUAUUUUAUUUUAAAUAUAUGUAGUGCUUUAUGGAGUUAAAAAAAAUGUUUAGACUUGUCAAUGUCCUGGGUGUGUCAAUAGUCUUGACUUAUUGUCACUGUGUUGCAGUAUUUGUGCUCCCUGGGAAAUGUAGAGGAAAGAGAGAGGCUAAGACAGGAUUAGUUUGGGUUUACUACUUAAAAUAAUGAAUGUACAAUAGCAUCAACUUCCUCUCAAUAUUUUUGUCAUUAUUCUCUUUUGAAUAAAUGUAUCUGCAUCACACCACUUAUCAAGUCUUUGACAAGAUGGCGCAGAUAGAGAUGGCAGCUUCGCUUCAAGCCCUUAGGAAACUGUGCAGUAUUUAGUUUUUUUUAUGUAUUAUUUCUUACAUUGUUAGCCCAGAAAACCUUAAGUGUUAUUACGUAUAGCCGGGAAUAACUAUUGGAUAUCAGAGAGUUACCAGCACAACCAGCACUAUGACCAGGAAUACAACUUUCCCAAAGGGGAUCCUUUGUCUGCACCUCCCAGGGUAUUUGAACUGAUUCCAGAGGCCGACCCAAAACAACACCGUCGGAGGAGAGGGUGCCGGAGUGGUCUUCUAGUGAGGGUUCGGAUGCGCGCACACCACAAACCGCUUCAGAGUAUAUUACUCGCUAAUGUCCAGUCCCUAGUUAACAAAGUCGAUGAAAUUAGGGCAAGAGUUGCUUUCCACAGAGAUUUCCGGGAUUACACGAGCGAGUAACACACUCGACCACUGCUACUCGAACUUCCGCGAUGCAUACAAGGCCCUCCCCUGCCCUCCUUUUGGCAAAUCUGACCAUGACUCCAUCUUGUUGUUCCCCUCUUAUAGGCAGAAACUAAAACAGGAAGCGCCGGUGCUUAGAUCUAUCCAAUGCUGGUCUGACCAAUCGGAUUCCACACUUCAAGAUUGCUACGAUGGCUGUGUCAUGCCAACAGUAAAGCAUCCUGAGACCAUUCAUGUGUGGGGUUGCUUCUCAGCCAAUGGAGUGGGCUCACUCACAAUUUUGCCUAAGAACACAGCCAUGAUUAAAGAAUGGUACCAACACAUCCUCUGAGAGCAGCUUCUCCCAACCAUCCAGGAACAGUUUGGUGACGAACAAUGCCUUUUCCAGCAUGAUGGAGCACCUUGCCAUAAGGCAAAAGUGAUAACUAAGUGGCUCGGGGAACAAAACAUUGAUAUUUUGGGUCCAUGGCCAGGAAACUCCCUAGACGGUAAUCCCAUUGAGCACUUGUGGUCAAUCCUCAAAAGGCGGGUGGACAAACAAAACCCCACAAAUUCUGACAAACUCCGAGCAUUGAUUAUGCAAGAAUGGGCUGCCAUCUGUCAGGAUGUGGCCCAGAAGUUCAUGUGGCCCAGAAGCUGUGGCCCAGAAGCCACAGCUUUACUGUUGGCAUGAUGGUAGUGUACACCUCGUCUUCUCCGGACAAGCUUUUUUCCGGAUGCCCCAAACAAUCGGAAAGGGGAUUCACCAUAGAAAAUGACUUUACCCCAGUCCUCAGCAGUCCCCUGUACCUUUUGCAGAAUAUCAGCCUGUCCCUGAUGUUUUUCCUGGAGAGAAAUGGCUUCUUUGCCGCCCUUCUUGACAUCAGGCCAUCCUCCAAAAGUCUUCGCCUCACUGUGCGUGCAGAUGCACUCACACCUGCCUGCUGCAAGGUGUUUCCUUGUAGGUAACCAUGGUUGACAGAGGAAGAACAAUUAUUCCAAGCACCACCCUCCUUUUGAAGCUUCCAGUCUGUUAUUCAAACUCAAUCAGCAUGAUAGAGUGAUCUCCAGCCUUGUCCUCGUCAACACUCACACCUGUGUUAACGAGAAAAUCACUGACAUGAUGUCAGCUGGUCCUUUUGUGGCAGGGCUGAAAUGCAGUGGGGGGGGAUUCAGUUAAUUUGCAUGGCAAAUAGGGACUUUGCAAUUCAUCUGAUCAUUCUUCAUAACAUUCUGGAGUAUAUGCAAAUUGCCAUCAUACAAACUGAGGCAGCAGACUUUGUGAAAAUUAAUAUUUGUGUCAUUCUCAAAUUUUUUGGCCACGACUGUAGUAUUUAAAAAAAAAAACUUUUUUGUCUGUUCGGACAUGAGUGAUUUAAUGUAGGGGGAAAUUAUUUUUUAAAAGCCUCAUUUUGGCUAAAUGUUUUAAUUUAUCCUACUUCCUGCGGCUAUGGACACAGGUGGGGGUGUUUGUUUAAUUUGGAAUAUGCUUUUAUUUUAAUAUUUACCACUGUAGCAGUGCACAUUGCAUUUUAUACCAAUAGGAUAAUGGUUAAAUUAGCAUUAUUAAGUUUGUCUUUGUUGCAUUUAGGGGGGUUCAUGCCUUAAUUCACAUUCUGAAUAUAUCACCAUCUCAACAAGCAGCUACAAUGAAAUUGUUAUGCUAUGUCAGGUCAAUGUGAUAGGGCUGGUUGGCUCUCACUCAAGGUUGAGUGCAUGCGAGAGUCUUUGUGCUUGCAGACACCUGCGCCACACUUCUUUUCACAUUUCCCUAUUCUCAGUGCAAUAACAAAUAAAACUGUUGGGGCCAAAUAAAAAUCAGCCUGCCAGUUGGGGAACUAUGCUCUAGAGGCUCAAUUCAAUAAACAAAGUUACAACUUUGAACAA